GCGAGUGUGUGUGUGCGGGAGUGCGGGCGCUCACGCCUUCGGGGGCUGGAGUGACACUGCGGUGGGCUUCUCCCGCGCGCGGCCCCCCGGCGGCUCAGCCCCCGCCCUGCCGGCGCGGCGUCUGGGAAGCAGCUCGGCUCUCGGGUCCGCCGAGCCUCGCUCUCCGUGCGCCCCUGGCGGGUCUUACUUUUCCUUUUCCCCGGGGGCGGCCGCCCGCCACCCCUGCACCGGUGCAAACACCCAAGCCCGUUUCCCUUCUCUCCUAAACCAGUAUUUUCCCACUCGGCUUUCUCUGGGGUUCUUCCACGAGCCAGUUCGAGACCACCCCCCUCCCAUCCUUGGAAAUUGUUUUGUUGGACCGCUGUACAGAGGCGUGUAAAGCUCGAGGACUUUAUUAGCUUUUUCCUUUCCUUCCCUUCUGGGCAACGGAGCAAUGAAAUUUCCAAUCGAGACUCCAAGAAAACAGGUGAACUGGGAUCCUAAAGUGGCCGUUCCUGCAGCCGCGCCCCCGGUGUGCCAGUCCAAGGGCACGAGUAACGGGCACUACCCGGCCCCACGCCUGUCCAUCUCCUCCCGCGCCACGGUGGUAGCCAGGAUGGAAGGCACCUCCCAGGGGGGCCUGCAGACCGUCAUGAAGUGGAAAACGGUGGUCGCCAUCUUUGUGGUCGUGGUGGUCUACCUGGUCACGGGCGGCCUGGUCUUCCGCGCGCUGGAGCAGCCCUUUGAGAGCAGCCAGAAGAAUACCAUCGCCCUGGAGAAGGCCGAAUUCCUGCGGGACCACGUGUGUGUGAGCCCCCAGGAGCUGGAGACCUUGAUCCAGCAUGCCCUUGACGCUGACAACGCAGGCGUAAGUCCAAUAGGAAACUCUUCCAACAACAGCAGUCACUGGGACCUUGGAAGUGCCUUUUUCUUUGCUGGAACUGUCAUCACUACCAUAGGGUAUGGGAAUAUUGCUCCAAGCACUGAAGGAGGCAAAAUCUUUUGUAUUUUAUAUGCCAUCUUUGGAAUUCCGCUCUUUGGUUUCUUAUUGGCUGGAAUCGGAGACCAACUUGGAACCAUCUUUGGCAAAAGCAUUGCAAGAGUGGAGAAGGUCUUUCGAAAAAAGCAAGUGAGUCAGACCAAGAUCCGGGUCAUCUCAACCAUCCUGUUUAUCUUGGCUGGCUGCAUUGUGUUUGUGACCAUCCCCGCUGUCAUUUUCAAAUACAUCGAGGGAUGGACGGCCCUGGAGUCCAUUUACUUUGUGGUGGUCACUCUCACCACGGUGGGCUUUGGUGAUUUUGUGGCAGGGGGAAACGCUGGCAUCAAUUACCGGGAGUGGUAUAAGCCCCUCGUGUGGUUUUGGAUCCUGGUUGGGCUUGCCUACUUUGCAGCUGUCCUCAGUAUGAUCGGAGAUUGGCUACGGGUUCUGUCCAAAAAGACAAAGGAGGAGGUCGGCGAAAUCAAGGCCCACGCGGCCGAGUGGAAGGCCAACGUGACGGCCGAGUUCCGGGAGACGCGGCGGCGGCUGAGCGUGGAGAUCCACGACAAGCUGCAGCGCGCAGCCACCAUCCGCAGCAUGGAGCGCCGGCGCCUGGGCCUGGACCAGCGCGCGCACUCGCUGGACAUGCUCUCCCCGGAGAAGCGCUCCGUCUUCGCCGCCCUGGACGCCGGCCGCUUCAAGGCCUCGUCCCAGGAGAGCAUCAACAACAGGCCCAACAACCUGCGCCUCAAGGGGUCGGAGCAGCUGAACAAACACGGCCAGGGGGCCUCGGAGGACAACAUCAUCAACAAGUUCGGCUCCACCUCCAGACUCACCAAGAGGAAAAACAAGGACCUCAAAAAGACCUUGCCCGAGGACGUCCAGAAGAUCUACAAGACCUUCCGGAAUUACUCCCUGGACGAGCAGAAGAAACAGGAGGAGACGGAGAAGAUGUGCAACUCGGACCACUCCAGCACGGCCAUGCUGACGGACUGCGCGCAGCAGCCCGCGGGCUCCGAGGACGGCGCGCUGCCCACCGACACCAAAGACAGGGAACUCGAGAACAACUCAUUACUUGAAGACAGAAACUAAACGUUAUGGGCGUUGGACUCGACCAAGCCGUUGUGUUUUUGUUCCUGUUUUUUUUUUUUUUUUUUUUUUUUAAUAUAUAUAUUCACCCCGAGACACGUGCCUUAAACAGACUUCUCCUUAGAGUCCGAAAUUACAUAGCAUCGAAGAAUAUAUUUCACUGUGCCAUAAUCGAGUGAGAAAGCUUGCUCUGCCGAGAGGGAUUUCACCCGGCUGAGGCAGGACGCCCAGAGAGCGUGGGCGCGCAUGGGGUCACCAACCGGCACGGCUGGCUGGGCUGCGCCCCCCAACAC